AUGUAAAUCGUAAUGACACUUCCCUCAAGCCUUUCUUUCAAACUUUUCCAUGUGUAUAUACAUUAGACGACUUUGCUGAUUUAUUGGAACCUUUGAAAGUUUUAAAAAAUCCCAAAGAUGGCAUGAUUAUGUAUGAAUUUUUAACACCCUUAGUAGAUUUGUUG